AUGUCCGACUCUGAAGACUACGACGAGUUCAUGGGAGAGGAUUAUCUUUGGAUAGACUGUGGAGAACCUCAUUAUACCGAUGACCUGGCUAUGCUGGUAAACCCGGACCCGGUCUUCCUGGAUGACGGCGCUUUCGAGGCCGCGCUAGACAGUGAUACAGACUGGGAAUAUCUUUCGGAUGAGUACUAUGACCAUGAUAGACCUCAGAAACCCCGCCGUCGAAAGGAGGAAGGUGACAGCAAGAAGCCAACUCAGUCUGACACGGCCAUGUAUUACGGCGUGUCGUGGUCCGCUGGUCCGCGGGGAAAUAAUGAUGGACCACUGUAUAAACCUGGAGAGGGAGAGAAGGUGUCUCUCCUCAAGAACUGGCGUGAAAUCUUCCAAGAGUCGAAGCCAAAGACGAAAAAUAUAAAUGAAAAACUAAAGCAUGACGGAACUAUCAAGGAAACGUUCCGUGACCAAUUAUCGACAAGAUUUCGCCGUGAUAGUGAAAAUCGGGCACGGUUAAACUAUAAAUACAACAUUGGGAGUGGUAUGGAAGCUGAUGGACUGGUUCAUACAGGCCAUGGUCCAAAGACCUUACUCUCCCAAAGAGGCAACUUUGAUAGUGAAGGCGUGCCCGCAAAGCCUGCGAAGAAGCGGCAUGAAGACUCACAACCUAAGAGAGCCUCGAAUGCGCCCGAAGCAGUGAAGGUUACCCGAAAAUUUGACAUCAUACUUCCUCCUGCGCCUAAGAAUAUCACAGAAUACAAAGAGAUUGUUACUACUGUUGCCCCAAAUGCGCCGAAGCGAGGGCGGAAGAGAAAAGCGGAGGUGGUCGCUGAGCAGAUCACCCAUGACCCUGACCCUAGUUCAAACCCCGGUCCCGUAACGAACUCGAAGCGUAAGAAGGCUGGUCAUACAAAUGGCGCGAAAACAGCAACAUCAUCUCGGCCUACGCGAUCAUCAACACGGCGGAAGUAG